UGUGAUCGAAGCGACUCGUGCGACGCGAGUUCGCGCACGUAACAAGCGGAUUUAAGGCGCGCGAGUUAACGUCAACAGCAGUGUUUAUCCGAACCGGGACGCGGAACUCGGGCGUGUGAGUGAAUAAGAAUCACGAGCGUCGAACAGGUGUCACAUCGUUACAAAUGAGUCAAAUUUAUUUACCAUUGUUUAUUCCACACCACCUGUAACACUUUUCUUCGAACUUGAUGUUACAUAAUCCGGCUACAUAAUCUCGCAGGUGUCCCAAUCGCCUGAAUACACGAUACUGAUAAGAACAAUCUCGGCCAUUAGCGUAAAGGAUGACUCAUUCGAGAAACAGAGAAUUUCAGCUGAAUUUAGAAUGCUAGUGAGUGAUAUCGGUCGUAAGAAGAAAAAUGGUGAUUCAGUUUUUCAGGAAAUUUUGAAGGAAUUUAGAUACAGUAAUUGGUAUUAAUUUUUGAAGUACAAUAACUAAUGAACGUUAAACGCCUACUGAAUCCUUUUUAAUAAAACAGGUGUUAGAUUCAGGUGUCAGGUGCAACCUGAAAUCAACGCGAAAGAUCGUAGAUAUAGAUGCCCAUUAUAUUAAAAGCACCAUCGAUCGUUCUCUUGUCGUUAGAUACUUUUUAGCAUCACAGGUUUCACACGAUUUGAAACUGCAGAGUCGAUAAACAUACCUUAAAAAUGUACGAGGUAUAAAUACAGUAUUAAACUAGUCAGAACUGAAUUGGUGAUAAAUAAAGAAGAAGAAAUGUCUCCGAAUAAGGAACGAAUGCCACCGGCGGAGUGUCACGCCUCGGAAGAUGAAGAGGAAAACUCGAAGGCGAAUAACAGAAUUGCGGUGACGGACGAUUUUUUAACAGUUGAUGAGAAUUACAGUAGCAGUAAAGUGGAAUACGUUCCUCGCAUCGCGUGGCCGGAUCUAACCGCGCAGAUCUUCAUUCAUGCCGGCUGUGUUUACGGUCUCUACCUCAUCUUCGCAAAAGCGAAAUUUUUCACAGUUUUAUGGGCAUUCGUGACUGUAUACACUUCCGGUUUCGGCAUAACAGCGGGUGCACAUAGGCUUUGGUCCCACAGGGCGUACAAAGCGAAAUGGCCUCUAAGACUACUUCUCAUUUUCCUGUUUACCAUCACAGGACAGAAACACGUGUACGCAUGGGCGUUGGAUCAUAGGGUGCACCAUAAAUACAGCGAGACGGAUGCUGAUCCCCAUAACGUGAAACGGGGUUUCUUUUUCGCCCAUGUGGGCUGGCUUUUCAUUACACCGCAUCCUGAUGUAAUUUCGAAAAGGAAAGCCGUUGACAUGAGCGAUUUAGAGGCUGACCCCAUUGUCAUGUGGCAAAAGAGACUAUACAUACCUCUGUUUCUUUUACUAACCGUCGGACUUCCGGUCGGUGUGCCGUGCUACUUCUGGUCAGAAUCAGUAUGGAUAUCUUUCUGGGUGAACUUCAACUUCCGGUUCUGCGUGACCCUCAACAUAGCGUUCUUCGUGAACAGCGUGGCUCACAUGUGGGGUCAACGACCCUAUGAUAAGUACAUUUCCCCCGUCGAAAACGUGGCAGUGUCCAUAGCAGCCCUCGGCGAAGGAUGGCACAACUUCCAUCACGUCUUCCCUUGGGAUUACAAGACAGGAGAGUUAGGGAAUUACACGUUCAAUGUAACCACUGCGUUCAUUGAUAUGUUUUCACAUAUUGGAUGGGCAUACGAUCGCAAAUACGUCUCGCCAGCCAUGGUACGACGAAGAGCGAACAGAUCUGGUGAUGGCAGUCAUGUCUGGGGUUUUGGAGACACGGAUAUCCCUAUGGAGGACCAAAAAGAAUUAGAACUCAUGGACAGGAAGAAACAAUAAGGACUCAGUUUUGCUGUUCCUGAAAAUAUGACAAUACAGUAUUUAUGUGUGAUUGAGAUGCAAGAUUGAUCUUCUGAAACGCAAACAUUUUAUUAGAAAGUGAUUUUUCAGUCGAUAGUGUGAAUUGAGUUUGUUCUAAUCGUGAAUUUAAAUAGAUACAGGGAAAUAGUUUUAUAUGAAUACAUAAAAGUGAUGAUGAUAGUGUAGUACAAUAUCGAGGAUAUACGAAGAAUGAGAACAAAUAUUCCUCUUUACUAUUUAUUGAGAAAAUAUGUAAUUCUGUCCACUGCCAGCGAAGUACUUUCAAAAAGUUUAUAUCAAUUGUAAAUAAAAUAGAUUCUGAUCAAUGAA